AUGGCGGCGGGUGCGGCGGGAGUUGUUGCCAUGGCGGCCCGCGGAGGGCCCCCGCCGACGGGACGCUGUGUCCGGCCGCCGGGCUCGGGGGGCUGUGAGCAGGCCUCGGAGCACCGCCUGGGCCGCUCCAGGGACACCGUGGUGACCGCUCAGCCCCGGCCGGGCUCCCGCUUGCCCAGCGGCCACCGAGCGCUGAGCCAGGAGCGCCAUGCGAGCCACAACGGGCUCUCCCCGGCCCCCAAACUCCGCCUGCUGCCCCCGCGGCCCCCCGCCGCCCCCCGAAGACCCCCGCCCCAAGAAGCUGGAGCUGGAGCGGGGCCGGGCGGCCAAGCGGGGGGACGCGGCUCCCCGCGGGCCGGGGGGACGCCGGGGGCCGCUGAAAGCCGAUCACGGUGUGCGGCCAGGGAGGUGGCGGCGGUGUCCCCAGCCGAGCCGAGGACGUGGCGGUUGGCGCUGAGCCGCUUGGUGCUCAGGGACUGCGGGCACCCGCUGGCUGCGGGCGCGCUGGCGCUGCGCCGGAGCUCCUCGCUCCGCAGGGUCACGGUGGCCACCGGGCCCGACGGUAAAGCCACCCCGCCGCUGCUCUCCGUGCGCCCCGAGGGCGGCCCCCGCAGCCGAACCGAGCCCCCGUACGGCCCCGGCAGCCCCGCGCCCGGCCGGACCGAGGACAAGGCGGCCGCCACCCAUCACACGCUGCUCCUGGGAUCGGGACACGUCGGCCUCAGGAAUUUGGGCAACACGUGCUUCAUGAACGCGGUGCUGCAGUGCCUGAGCAGCACCAAACCCCUGCGGGAUUACUGCCUGCGCCGGGACUUCCAGCAGGAGCAGCCCCCCGGCCCCCGCGCCCCCCAGGAGCUCACCGAAGCCUUCGCCGAUGUCAUCGCCGCCCUCUGGCACCCGGAGUCAUCCGAGGCCGUCAACCCCGGGCGCUUCAAAGCCGUGUUCCAAAAAUACGUCCCCUCCUUCACGGGUUACAGCCAGCAGGACGCGCAGGAGUUCCUCAAGUUCUUCAUGGACCGGCUGCACGUGGAGAUCAACAGGAAGGGCCGGCGCACCCCCAGCAUCCUGUCGGAUGCACGGAGACCCCCGGCCCUGGAGGACCCCGAAACGCUCAGCGACGACGAGCGCGCCAACCAGAUGUGGAAGCGUUACCUGGAGAGGGAGGACAGCAAGAUCGUGGAUCUCUUUGUGGGGCAGCUGAAGAGCUGCCUCAAGUGCCAGGCCUGCGGUUACCGCUCCACCACCUUCGAGGUGUUCUGCGACCUCUCGCUGCCCAUCCCAAAGAAAAGCUUUGCCGGGGGGAAGGUGUCGCUGCACGACUGCUUCAGCCUCUUCACCAAGGAGGAGGAGCUGGACUCGGAGAACGCCCCGGUGUGCGACAAGUGCCGGCAGCGGACGCGGAGCACCAAGAAAUUGACGAUCCAGCGCUUCCCACGCAUCCUGGUGCUCCACCUGAACCGUUUCUCCACCACGCGCUACUCCAUCAAGAAAUGCUCCGUCUUCGUGGACUUCCCGCUGCAGCAGCUCAACCUGCGGGAAUUCGCCAGCGAGAAGGCGGGCAGCCCCGUGUACAGCCUGUACGCGCUGUGCAACCACUCGGGCAGCGUCCACUACGGUCACUACACGGCCUUCUGUCGCGACCCCGCCGGCUGGCGCGUCUACAACGACUCUCGCGUCUCGCCCAUCAGCGAGAACCAGGUGCCGUCCAGCGAGGGCUACGUGCUGUUCUACGAGCUGGAGGAGCCCCCCGGCCGCAGAGCCUGAGACCCCCGCCCGCCCGGACCCACCGCGGGGGGGUUUUGGGGGGGUUUUGGGG